GAGGGGGUAUUUAGUAACAUGAAGGGGCGGGCCGUUGUCUCAGAGCCGCUCAGACCAGUCAAUAGGAGGGAGGUCCCGCAGCCGUCAGGGACUCACAACCAGGGAAAUAGCCGUUUUCAGAUUGGAUUGCUUGAUCUCAGACUCACAACUGUGUACAAAAGCCGUCAGUUACACAGUUGGUCUCAUAGUGAGAGUGAGAUCUGAUCAGAAAAGGUACUGAAGUUUUCAAGAUUGAGGUGUUAGAAACCCCAAAUUCAAAGAUGGAGGGCAACGUUGUAGUGAAAGAGGUGACUAUAUUGGAGACUGCUGAUGACAUCCAGAACCGGAGGGAUCAGGUCCUCUCACGGUACUCGCAGUUCCGCUCAGAUGCCCGGCAGAAGAGAGAUAAACUUGAGGAUUCACGUCGAUUCCAGUAUUUCAAGCGUGAUGCUGAUGAAUUGGAGUCAUGGAUUCAUGAGAAGCUCCAGGCAGCUUCUGAUGAGAGUUACAAAGAUCCCACCAACCUUCAGGCCAAGAUUCAAAAGCACCAAGCCUUUGAGGCAGAGGUGGCUGCCCAUUCUAAUGCUAUUGUGGUGCUGGAUAACACUGGCUCUGAGAUGAUCAACCAACAGCAUUUUGCCUCUGAUGUCAUCCGUCAGAAGCUUGAUGAACUGCACCGGCUGUGGGAGCUGCUACUUAGCCGCUUGGCAGAUAAGGGCAUGCGCCUGCAGCAAGCCCUGGUUCUGGUUCAGUUUCAACGGCAGUGUGAUGAGGUCAUGUACUGGAUCAAUGACAAGGAGACCUAUGUCACUUCUGAAGAGUUUGGUGUAGAUUUGGAGCAUGUGGAAGUGCUUCAGAGAAAGUUUGAUGAAUUCCAGAAAGACAUGGCAGCCCAGGAAUACCGUGUCACAGAGGUCAAUGCUCUGGCAGAGAAGCUGGUGACUGAGGGACACCCAGAGGUGGAGGUAAUCACCAAGCGGAAGAAGGAACUGAAUGAAGCUUGGCAGCGCUUGCGGCAGCUGGCUCUCACACGUCAGGAGAAACUUUUUGGAGCUCAUGAGAUUCAGCGUUUCAAUAGGGAUGCUGAUGAGACGAUUGCUUGGAUUGCAGAGAAGGAUGUUGUCCUUUCUUCAGAUGACUAUGGUCGUGAUCUUGCCUCUGUCCAGACUCUGCAGCGCAAACAUGAAGGUCUGGAGCGUGAUCUUGCUGCGUUGGAAGAUAAAGUUUCCACUCUCGGUGAAGAAGCCACUCGUUUGUGUGGAAUCCAUUCUGACCAUGCUGAGCAGACCAAGGCAAAGUUAGCUGAAAUUGAGCAUUCUUGGUCCACCCUGACUGCCAAAGCACAGGAAAGACGCCGUUGUCUUGAUGAUUCGUACUAUUUACACCGUUUCCUCUCUGACUUCAGAGAUCUCAUCUCUUGGAUCAAUGACAUGCGUGCUAUCAUCUCUGCUGAUGAACUGGCUAAGGAUGUAGCUGGGGCAGAAGCUUUGCUAGAACGCCACCAAGAACACAAAGGAGAAAUUGAUGCUCGAGAAGACAGCUUCAAAACUUGUCGUGAGGCAGGCGAGAAGCUUGUAGAGAAGAACCAUAAUGCAGCAGAAGAGGUUAAGCAAAAUUUGGCUACCCUCAGUAGUGAGAAAGCCACCUUGCUGGCAUUGUGGGAGGAGCGACGCAUCUUGUAUGAACAGUGCAUGGAUCUGCAGCUGUUCUAUCGUGACACUGAGCAGGCUGACACUUGGAUGGCUAAGCAAGAAGCUUUCCUUGAAAAUGAGGAUCUUGGGGAUUCAAUUGAUUCUGUUGAGGCUCUGAUUAAGAAACAUGAAGACUUUGAAAAAUCACUUGCUGCUCAAGAGGAAAAGAUCAAGGCUCUUGAUGAAUUUGCCACCAAGUUGAUGGAAGGCCAGCAUUAUGCAGCUGAUGAUGUGUCUCAAAGAAGAGAACUGCUUUUGGAGCGUCGUUCAGACCUCCUGGAAAUGUCUGCACGUCGCAGAACCAUGCUUGAAGAUUCUUACCGUCUACAGCAGUUUGAACGUGACUGUGAUGAAACAAAGGGAUGGAUUAAUGAGAAACUGAAGUUUGCCACUGAUGACAGCUACCUUGAUCCUACAAACUUGAAUGGUAAAGUUCAGAAGCAUCAGAACUUUGAUCAAGAACUGAGUGCCAAUAAGUCACGUAUUGAGGAAAUUACAUCAACUGGAAAGGAGCUUCUUGAUGCUGACCAUUAUGCCAGUGACAAGAUCAGCAGUCGCAUGGAAGAGAUUGUUCAAUUGUGGACUUCUCUUGAAGAGGCCACUCGCAGGAAGGGAUCUAAGCUAGAAGAAGCCUCACAGCAACAACAAUUUAAUCGAGGAGUUGAGGACAUAGAACUCUGGCUGUCUGAGAUUGAGGGCCAGCUCAUGAGUGAGGACUUUGGUAAGGAUCUUACAGCUGUGAAAAACCUUCUCAAGAAGCAUGCAUUGCUGGAGGCUGAUGUUGCUGCCCACCAAGACAGAAUUGAUGGGGUGAGAAUUGCAGCUGACCAGUUCGUGGACCGGGGACACUUUGAUGCAGACAACAUCAAGGCUAAACAAAUGACCCUUCAGGAACGCUACAAUUCCUUGCAAAAACCAAUGAAUUUACGUAAGGACCGCUUGAAGGAUUCUCUGUUAGUGCAGCAGCUAUUCCGGGACAUUGAUGAUGAAGAGGCCUGGAUUCGAGAGAAGGAACCCAUUGCAGGUUCAACCAACCGUGGCCGAGAUCUCAUUGGAGUUCAGAAUCUGAUAAAGAAGCAUCAAGCUGUUCUUGCUGAAGUGAACAACCAUGAGCACAGGAUUGUUGCAGUUACAUCAUCUGGGGAGGACAUGAUCAGUGAUGGUCACUUUGCUGGAGAAGAGAUCAAGCAGCGGGUUAACACCCUCAACCAGCACUGGGCACAACUGAAAGAGCGGGCCAACCAGCGGCGGCAGGAUUUGGAUGACUCCCUCCAGGCCCAUCAGUACUUUGCUGAUGCCAAUGAGGCAGAGUCCUGGAUGAAGGAAAAGGAACCUAUUGCAGCUGGAGGAGAUUUUGGCAAGGAUGAAGACUCUGCAGAAGCACUGUUGAAAAAGCAUGAGGCUUUGAUGAGUGAUUUGGAAGCCUUUAGCUCCACCAUUGCUGCCCUGGAUGAACAAGCUACAGCUUGCCGCCAGCAGGAAGUGCCAGUCACUGACAUCACUGGGAAGGAGUGCGUAGUGGCACUCUAUGACUACACAGAGAAGUCACCUCGUGAAGUCUCUAUGAAGAAGAACGAUGUGCUGACCCUCCUGAAUGCCACCAACAAGGAUUGGUGGAAGGUGGAGGUGAACGAUCGCCAAGGCUUUGUUCCAGCUGCUUAUGUGAAGAAAAUUGACUCUGGACUAACAGCCUCUCAACAGAACCUUGCUGAUGGGAAUUCGAUUGCUGCUCGUCAAAAUCAAAUCAGGGGCCAGUAUAAGAACUUGAUGGCUAUGGCUCAAGAACGACACAAGAAGCUGAGUGAAACAGUGCAGGCUUAUGUGUUGGUUAGGGAGGCUGCAGAGCUUUCCCAGUGGAUUAAAGACAAGGAACAACAUGCACAGAUUGAGGAUGUUGGGGAGGAUCUAGAACAGGUUGAAGUGCUCCAGAAGAAGUUUGAUGACUUCAAGACAGAUCUGCAAGCAAAUGAAGUACGCCUGGCAGAGAUGAAUGAGAUUGCAUUGCAGCUGAUGAGUCUCGGCCAAACUGAAGCAGCCCUCAAGAUUCAGACUCAGAUUGAGGACCUUAAUACCAAAUGGAAUUCUCUGCAGCAAAUGGCACAGGAGCGACAGUUCCAGCUAGGCUCAGCUCAUGAGGUGCAGCGUUUCCAUCGUGAUGUUGAUGAGACAAAGGAUUGGAUUCAGGAGAAAGAUGAAGCCCUCAACAAUGAUGACUGUGGCCGAGACUUGCGUAGUGUGCAAGCUCUUCAGCGUAAACAUGAAGGGCUUGAACGUGAUUUGGCUGCCCUGGGAGACAAGAUUCGGCAGCUGGAUGAGACAGCCAACAGGUUGAUGCAGACUCACCCUGAGGCAGCAGACACCAUUUAUGGCAAACAGAGGGAAAUUAAUGAGCUGUGGACUCAGCUGACUGCAAAGGCUAAUGCACGUAAGGAAAAGUUGUUGGAUUCCUAUGAUCUCCAGCGCUUCCUGAGUGAUUAUCGUGACCUCAGCUCAUGGAUUGCAUCCAUGAUGGGACUUGUCAGCUCUGAUGAACUGGCCACUGACGUCACAGGGGCUGAGGCUUUGCUGGAAAGACACCAGAGCUUCAGGGCCGAGUUUGACUCACGCUAUGGUAUUCCCCAGGAACACCGCACUGAAAUUGAUGCACGUGCUGGCACCUUCCAAGCCUUUGAGCUCUUCGGACAUCAGCUCCUGCAGUCAGGUCACUUUGCCUCUGCUGAAGUUCAGGAAAAGUUGGAUGCCAUGAAUGAGGCCCGACAGGACCUUGAGAGGGCAUGGAUUGCACGCCGCAUGAAAUUGGACCAGUGUUUGGAGCUCCAGCUUUUCUACCGGGACUGUGAACAAGCUGAAAACUGGAUGUCAUCUCGAGAAGCCUUCCUGUCCUCAGAUGAAGCUGAUGCUAAGGCUGACAAUGUUGAGGCAUUGAUCAAGAAGCAUGAAGACUUUGACAAAGCCAUUAAUGCCCAGGAAGAAAAGAUAGCUGCUCUGAAUCUGUUUGCUGAUCAGCUUGUUGCUGCCGAACAUUAUGCCAUGAAAGACAUUGGAGACAAGAGAGGACAAGUAUUAGAUCGCUGGCAACAUCUGAAGGAAGCUCUCAUUGAGAAGCGCUCCAAGCUUGGGGAGUCUCAGACCCUCCAGCAGUUCUCGCGCGAUGCUGAUGAGAUUGAGAACUGGAUAGCUGAGAAGCUUCAGGUUGCCACUGAGGAAAGUUUCAAGGACCCAGCAAAUAUUCAGUCAAAACACCAGAAGCAUCAGGCCUUUGAGGCUGAAUUAGCUGCUAAUGCUGACCGUAUUCAGAGUGUUCUGUCGAUGGGACAGAACCUGAUUGAUAAACACCAGUGUGCUGGCUCUGAAGAGGCUGUGCAGCAAAGGCUGGAGUCCAUAUCAGAACAGUGGGACUUCUUGACCCAGAAAUCAGCUGAAAAAUCUCUCAAGCUGAAAGAAGCAAAUAAGCAAAGAACAUUUAUUGCAGCUGUAAAGGACUUGGACUUUUGGCUUGGUGAGGUAGAGUCUCUUCUCACCAAUGAGGAUGUGGGUAAAGAUCUUGCUAGUGUCCAGAACUUGAUGAAGAAGCACCAGCUUGUUGAAGCUGACAUCCAGGCCCAUGAUGACCGCAUCAGUGACAUGAAUGGACAGGCUGACUCUCUGGUGGAGAGUGGCCAGUUUGAUACUGCCAACAUUCAGGAGAAGCGUCAGAGCAUCAAUGAGAGAUAUGAGCGCAUCAAGAACUUGGCUGCCCACCGCCAGUCUAGGCUGAAUGAGGCUCUCACCCUUCAUCAGUUCUUCAGAGACAUUGCUGAUGAAGAGUCAUGGAUCAAGGAGAAGAAACUUCUGGUAGCUUCUGAAGAUUUUGGAAGAGAUCUGACUGGUGUCCAAAACUUGAGGAAGAAGCACAAGCGUCUGGAAGCAGAGUUGGCUUCCCAUGAACCUGCCAUCCAAGCUGUGCAAGAGGCAGGAGAAAAGCUGAUGGGUGUCUCUAAUGUUGGUGUGUCUGAAAUUGAGAGCCGCCUCCAACAGUUGUCUGAGACCUGGUCCCAGCUGAAGACUAUGGCUGAACAGCGUGGUCAAAAGUUGGAACAGUCUCUCACUUACCAGCAGUUCCUGGCUAAGGUGGAGGAGGAGGAGGCAUGGAUCAGUGAGAAGACUCAGCUGCUCUCUGUCCCAGAUUAUGGUGACAAUAUGGCUGCUGCUCAAGGCCUUUUGAAGAAGCAUGAUGCCUUUGAGACUGACUUUGCUGUGCAUCGUGACCGUUGCAAUGAUGUGUGUGAAGCUGGAGCCAAGCUGGUUGCAGAUGGCAAUCACCAUGGAGACUCCAUCAAGCAGCGAUGCCAACAGCUGAAGGACAAGUUGGAAGCUCUGAAUGGCAUUGCUACUCGCAGGAAGAGGAAGUUGGCAGACAAUUUGGCAUAUCUCCAGUUCAUCUGGAAGGCUGAUGUGGUGGAGUCUUGGAUUGCUGACAAGGAGUCGCAUGUCAAGUCUGAGGAAUUUGGACGUGACUUGAGUUCUGUCCAGACACUCCUUACUAAGCAGGAGACCUUUGAUGCCGGUCUUGCUGCAUUUGAACAUGAGGGAAUCCAGAACAUCACCACCCUGAAGGACCAGUUGGUGUCUGGUAACCAUGAACAGUCUGAGUCCAUCAUCAAGCGCCAUGCAGAUGUUGUGGCCCGUUGGAACAAACUUCUCAGUGAUUCCCUUGAGCGCAAGAACAAGCUGUUAGUGAUGCAGGAACAGUUCCGUGAAAUUGAAGAGCUCUACCUUACAUUUGCCAAGAAGGCCUCUGCUUUCAACUCUUGGUUUGAAAAUGCUGAGGAGGAUCUUACAGAUCCAGUGCGUUGUAACAGCAUUGAAGAAAUCAAGGCUUUGCGUGAGGCUCAUGCUCAGUUCCAGGCAUCUCUUUCCUCAGCCCAGGCAGACUUUGAAGCUCUGGCUGCUCUAGACCAACAGAUUAAGAGCUACAAUGUUGGUCCCAAUCCCUACACAUGGUUUACUAUGGAGGCUCUUGAAGAUACUUGGCAAAACCUGCAGAAAAUCAUCAAGGAACGAGAUACAGAGUUAUCUAAGGAGGCACAACGACAAGAGGAGAAUGACAAACUGAGGAAAGAAUUUGCCAAGCAUGCCAAUGCCUUCCACCAAUUGCUGACAGACACUAGGUUCCAUCUCCUGGGUUUCUCCCUUAUCGGCUAUGAUGAGAGAUCCUCCAUGAUGGAGGGAUCAGGUACUCUGGAACAGCAGCUAGAGGCUACACGGCAGAAGGCUGCUGAAGUGAGGGCACGCCGGUCAGACUUAAAGAAGAUUGAAGACUUGGGACAGAUCCUGGAGGAACAUCUCAUCCUUGAUAAUCGAUACACUGAGCACAGCACGGUGGGGUUGGCACAGCAAUGGGAUCAAUUAGACCAGCUAGGAAUGCGCAUGCAGCACAACUUAGAGCAGCAGAUACAGGCCCGCAACCAGUCUGGAGUGUCAGAAGAUGCCCUCAAGGAGUUCAGCAUGAUGUUCAAGCACUUCGACAAAGAGAAGUGUGGUCGUCUGAACCAUGCUGAAUUCAAGUCCUGCCUGCGAGCACUGGGGUAUGACCUGCCCAUGAUAGAAGAGGGACAGAGUGACCCAGAGUUUGAGGCCAUCUUAGAUGUUGUUGAUCCAAACCGUGAUGGUGCAGUCUCACUCCAGGAAUACAUGGCCUUCAUGAUUUCCAAGGAGACCGAGAAUGUCCACAGCUCAGAGGAGAUCCAAAAUGCCUUCCGGGCAAUUGCUGCAGGAGACCGUCCAUAUGUGUUGCGAGAAGAACUUUAUCAGAACCUCACCAAAGAGAUGGCAGACUACUGUGUGGGGCGGAUGAAACCAUACGAAGACCCCAAGACGGGCAACACAGUUCCUGGAGCAUUAGACUACAUGGAGUUCACACGUACUCUCUUCUCCCAGUAGCAUGCAGUUUACUCCUUGUUCACACUUGCUUUAACAUAGCUUUUACUAUAUCCAUGAAGUGCUACUCUUAUAGAAUAGAUGUUAAAUAAAUUAUAUUAGUCACGUAUCCUGUUGUGCACAGAGAAAUCCGAGAAAAUGUAUAACAUUUAGUCUUGGGCAGCUCUCCACUUAGAUUGUUGGUCUAGUAAUGGGACUGCUACUGGAUGUUUCAAUCUUAGCUUGGCUUUGUUUAGCUCUACCAUUUUUGAUUCCGAUUUUGUAAAACUCAGAAAUUUAAUAAAUGACCUCUAAAAAUUGUAUGGAAGACAACUAUGGACAAAGUACUUUGAGGGAGGCUUACGGUAGUUAUGAUGAAAGUUGCAUAACAGCUGUGUUAAGUCAUUGUGCUUGAAGACUGCCACUCUGGUCCUGCUCACAUAAACAUACACACACAUGCACACACAAUCACCAGUGCAGAUCAUAGUUCUAGGAAUGCUAUGUAGCAGGACUGAAGGAGUGAGGAGGUUGUACCCGCUGGUACUGAAGAAUAUGACGGCUACUAAAACUUGGACCCUCUUCUCGCUCCUCAGUCAUGUUUCAUUGCAAUAAGAAAUUAACACUCACAUGCACAGACACAGUUCCCUUUCCAUACAGGUUUCUGGGUGCAGGUAAGGGUUAUAGGGAGGGCAUGUAGCAAGGUUCAAGGAGUAAGGGGUUCUUCCAUCAGGGACUGAAAGAAAUCUGACGGCUAAGCAUCAGGCCCUCUCCUCACUCCUUUACCAAGCUAUGCAAGCACUGAGGCAGCAUCUGUCAUUGAGAAUGGAAGGGAAUGACUGGAAUACAACUUGACAUUAAUAAUGUCAUUUCACCAACCCACACUUUGCAUGAGAUAAGCUUGUGAAAGGCAUCUAUAUUUAUUGUUAUUUUGAAAAAUGUAGAGUGAGUGAGGAUUGAGGGUGGCAGUCAUGGUGAAGGGAGCUUUUCCUCCAGCAAGCUAUCUUUUCUGUCUUAAAAUACUAUGAACUCCAAUUGUUCUUGAUUCCAGUAUUAAAGUUUGUGAAGUAUA